AUGGCACCCACAAUUGUUUCCGAAGACAGGCUGACGUCGGAUCACCGACUGUCGCAUCCAGCGCCAAAAGACGACAUUUUCAUCACCGGCAUCUCUGGUUAUUUUCCAGAUUCGGACUCAAUUGUACACUUCCAAGAGAAUUUAUUUAAUAAGGUGGACCUCGUAUCUGCCGACUGUCGUCGUUGGAAGCUGACCCACCCUGAGAUCCCGCAACGUACCGGAAAAAUUAAUAAUAUCGACAAAUUCGAUGCCUCUUUUUUUGGUGUGCACUACAAGGAAGCACACACGAUGGAUCCUAUGAGUAGAAUAUUUUUGGAGAAAACUUAUGAAGCUAUAAUCGAUGCAGGUUUAAAUCCAAACGAAUUACGGAACACCAACACUGGCGUGUUCAUCGGUGCUUGUUUCUCAGAAUCGUCGUUUGAAUGGUUUUAUGAAAAAAUGCAUGUCAAUGGGUUCGGCAUAUCUGGCUGUUCCCGAGCUAUGUUAGCCAAUCGUAUCUCCGACUGGCUUGGAGUUACUGGUCCUUCGUACACUGUGGAUACAGCGUGUUCAAGUUCCCUUUACGCCAUAGAACAUGCACUCAAAGCUAUACAUGAAGGUCGUUGUGACGUAGCCAUUGUUGGAGGAUCGAAUCUCUGCCUCCAUCCUUACGUGUCUUUGCAGUUCUCUAGACUAGGUGUAUUAUCGGCUGAUGGAAGGUGCAAGAGUUUCGACAACGAUGCAAAUGGCUACGUUCGUUCUGAAGCAAUUAUUGUCUGUUUACUUCAGAAGGCUAAGGAUUCAAGAAGGGUCUACGCCCAAGUAUACCACGCCAAGACUAAUAGUGAUGGUUAUAAUGGACAAGGUAUAACCUAUCCAUCUGCUACUAUGCAGAAGUUACUCCUCACCGAAUUUUAUGAAGAGUGCUCUAUACCACCCAGCUCCGUCGAGUAUGUAGAAGCACAUGGAACAGGUACAAGAGUAGGAGAUCCCAUAGAGGCUAACGUUAUUGGUGACGUCUUCUGUAAAGAGCGAUCCGAUACUCUUAUGAUAGGAUCUAUUAAGUCUAAUAUGGGACACAGUGAACCAGCGUCAGGUCUUUGUUCUAUUGCGAAGCUCUGCAUCGCGUACACAACAGGAUAUAUUCCUCCAAAUAUAAACUUCAAAGUCCCGAAUAAAAACGUAUCAUUUUUCGAAGAGGGAAAACUCAAGGUAGUAACUGAAAAGCAGCCCUGGAGAAGAGGAUUGGCCGGUAUCAGUAGUUUUGGCUUUGGAGGUGCAAACGCCCACGUCCUGCUCAAAAAUGUUGCGAGAUCGAAGGUAAACAACGGAAUGCCAUCGGAUGAUCUACCUCGAUUGGUCUGCGUAUCGGGUCGCACCGAAUCAGCUGUGGCUAAGAUUCUAAAUUACCUUGAGUCGAAGACUGUUGACGUUGAACUUGUUAGACUUUUACACGCUAUACACGAUGAAGAUAUCAGUGGCCAUUUUUUCAGAGGAUACGCUUUAUUGGGCUCAACUCCAACGAAAAGCGUAUUGCUAGCUAGAAACACCCAAUACUUCACUGGUAUCCGUCGUCCAGUGUGCUUUGUAUACUCGGGUAUGGGUUCUCAGUGGGCUGGAAUAGCUACACAACUCAUGAAGGUCCCAGUAUUUGCUGCUGCUAUUGAAAAAUGCCACCAGACGUUACAGCCUAAAGGCAUAAAUUUGAACAAGCUCAUUACCGAUCCCGACCCUAAGAUACGCGACAACAUCCUCAACUCCUUCAUCGGUAUCGCCGCUGUUCAGAUCGGUCUCACGGAUAUCCUAAAAGCUGUUAGAAUUGAACCGGACUUCAUCAUUGGUCACAGUGUGGGUGAGUUAGGUUGCGCUUACGCAGAUGGCUGUUUCACAGCAGAACAGAUGAUGCUUUCAGCAUAUUAUGUUGGUUUGGCGGCUUCUGAUACUCCAUUUAUUAAGGGAGCUAUGGCUUUUGUAGAACUUGGAUAUAAGGAUAUAAAAACGAUACUUCCACCUGAAAUUGAAGUAGCUUGUCACAAUGGACCCGACACCAGCACAAUUUCUGGCCCAGUGGAUAAAAUAAAGACUUUUGUUGCCAAACUGGUAGCGCAAGGAAUCUUUGCCAAGGAGGUAGCUAGCGAUAACAUCGCCUACCAUUCACGAUACAUUGCUGAAUCAGGACAAAAACUUCUAAAUUAUCUGAAGAUAGCGAUUCCAAAACCAAAACAACGUUCAGAGCGCUGGCUUUCCACUUCUAUUCAGAAAGACUUGUGGAACGAUCCCAAAACUAAGAUGUCUUCUGCUGAAUACCACACCAACAAUUUUCUAAGUCCAGUGUUUUUCGAGGAGACGGCUCAUCUAAUUCCUGUCAACGCGAUCACUGUAGAGAUUGGUCAAAAUGACCUCCUUCAGGCAAUUUUACGUGGAUCUCUCAAUAAGGAUGUUAUCAAUAUUCCUCUAAUUGAGAGAAAAAAACAGGAUAACGUACAAUCUCUUUUCACGGCACUGGGCAAGUUUUACGAAGCCGGAUUGAAUCCUCACCUAGCGAAUAUUUACCCGGCCAUAAACUUUCCUGUGUCGCAAGGAACUCCAAUGCUUUCACACCUCGUCGAUUGGGAACACAGUGAGAGCUGGUACGCUACGUACUACGGAGACAAAACUCUUAUGUCGUUUGGUGAGAGGACAGUGAGUAUGUCGAUUAAGGAAGAAAUGAGCGAGUUUAUGGUCGGCCACGUUAUUGAUGGUCGUAACCUGUAUCCUGCAACCGGCUACUUAUUGAUGGUGUGGGACAGUCUAGCAAUGAUGAUGGGAAAGCUGUCAACAGAAGUAUCCGUGGUGUUCGAAAACGUACGAUUCCAAAGAGCUACUAAUAUCCCUAAGCAAGGAAAAUUAGAGUUCAUUGUUACGAUCCAGAAGGGAAGUGGACAUUUUGAGAUCGUUGAAGGCGGAGCAUCCAUCGUAACCGGAACCAUAUACGCAAAGAAUAACGUCGGACAAGAGUACCUAUUGCUUCCAGAUGAGCCUGAAUCCACAGGACCCAAUAUAAAACAUCUACUUACAAAGGACUUCUACAAGGAGUUACGUCUGCGAGGCUACCAGUACAGCGGCCUCUUCCGAGGCGUAAUCGGUUGUAAUGUGGAAGGCACCCGUGGUCGCCUGGCCUGGGUCAACAACUGGGUCACUUUUUUGGACUGUAUGUUGCAGAUGAAGAUUAUUAAUUUUGACACUCGAGGGCUUUACAUUCCUACCCGUAUUGAGAAAAUGUGUAUUGACUUAAAUAUGCACCAUGAGGGUGUAUCUAAAAUGAAACUUGGUUCCACACGGCAGUCGUUUGAGAUUAGAGUGUAUCCUACUGUUAAUGUUAUCAGAGCUGGUGGUGUAGAAAUCCGAGGUUUACACGCGACACCAAUUACAAAAAGGGUUCCACUUGGCGUACCAGUUUUAGAAAAGAACGUAUUCAUUCCCAACAUCGGAAAGUCAAAGAUGAAGAUUGAAGACAUUCUCAGAAGCAACAUUCAGCUCGUUCUUGAAAACUUGCAACUUUACAAAGUUAAAAGUCUUGAAAUUGUUGACAAUGAAUAUAAAAUUGCUGGAUUACAACCUAUUAUGGAUAAAGUUGCAGACGUCUUAAGUGACCUACCUUUAGUACAGGCUGAUUUAUCCGUUAUCUCUGAGGAUUCUAUUGAAUUGCCAUCUAACAUUUCUAUAGAAAAUAAAAAAUUGAUUGGAGAAAAUAAUAUUCAAGUACUCAUUGGUGCUAAUCUGCUUCAGAGACCUGAAGUACUUAAAGGUGCGUUAGCAGCUCUCAGCAAAAAAGGGUUUAUCAUGAGCCGUGAAAAAGAACCAAUUAAUCCAAAACAUUUCUCCGAAACAUACGACAUCAUUACCAUACAAGAUACUGGCUUCGAAUACGUGGUCCUCUUCAGAAAACGAGUUAGUUCAAAGCCAGCUAAAUUUAUUAAUAUCAUCUCGAGCGAUGAAAACUACGCUUGGAUAAAUAAUGUCCAGAAAGAACUUGAAGUUGGACAAAAACUGGUUUUAUAUAGUCAAAAUGAACCUAUAAAUGGACUUUUAGGUCUCAUUAAUUGUCUGAGGAAGGAACCUGGUGGUGAAAUAGUCUGUGGUCUAUUAAUUGCUGACCCGUCGGCACCACCAUUUACUCCAAAUUUGAAAUUUUAUGAAGACCAGUUGAAUAUGGAUUUGGCUAUAAAUGUUUAUCAAGACGGUCAAUGGGGCACGUACCGUCAUUUACUCCUCGGUGACUUGGAUACAGUCAAGGCGCACCAUGCCUUCAUGAACACAGUCACUAUUGGAGACCUCUCCUCGCUGACCUGGCUGGAGGGACCCAUCAGAGUUGAUUCAGUUUUUAAGAAACCAGAAAAUAUUUUUGUACAAAUAUACUGCGCAGCUUUAAACUUCCGCGACGUAAUGACUGCAACGGGACGUCUCUCUGUCGAUGCUGUCGCAAAAGGCAGACUUGCGCAGGAGUGCGUGCAAGGGUUUGAAAUUGUCGGCAAAACGUGCAAUGGUACUCGAGUUAUGGGCAUGGUGAGGGAUAGCGGUAUGGCUAACAUGGUGGUAGCAGAAAAGGCGCUUUUAUGGGGCUUUCCUGAUGAAUGGACUUUCGAAGAGGCUGCCACAGUGCCUGUGGCUUACGGAACUGUAUACUAUGCAUUGGUGAUGGUAGGCCAGAUUCAAAGAGGAGAAUCAAUCUUAAUCCACGCUGGUUCUGGUGGUGUUGGUCAAGCAGCCAUCAACGUUGCUCUUCACUUAGGAUGCGAAGUGUUCACUACUGUUGGUACGCCGAUGAAACGAGCCUUCAUCAAGAGGCUUUUCCCACAACUUAAAGACAGUCAUAUCGGUAAUUCUCGAGACACAUCAUUCGAAGACAUGGUCAGGAGAGAAACAAACGGAAGGGGAGUAGAUUUGGUACUCAAUUCUCUUGCCGAUGACAAAUUGCAGGCUUCGAUACGCUGUCUCGGUUACCGCGGUCGCUUCUUAGAAAUCGGAAAGUUCGACAUCGGCAACAACACACUCAUCAGCAUGUCCGCCUUCCACAAAGAAAUCUCUUUCCACGGAAUCAUGUUGGACUUCAUCUUCGACCAAGGCGAUGAUUUCAGAAAGUCUCUUUUGGAUUUACUCAUAUCUGGUAUUACGAGCGGUGCUGUCCGUCCGCUUACAUACUGCACUUUCGAGAAAAACCAAAUCGAGGCCGCAUUUAGAUAUAUGGCCACUGGAAAACAUAUUGGAAAGGUUGUUAUUAAAAUUCGCGAUGAGGAACGAAUCAGUAGUUUUACAAAACCACAGAAUAUGUACAUGGAUGCUGUUCCCAGGUACAUUUGUGAUGAAAAUUUAGUCUACAUUGUCGUCGGAGGUCUCGGCGGCUUCGGUCUGGAGCUUGCAGAUUGGCUUAUCAUGAGAGGAGCUAGAAAAGUGCUGCUCAACUCCAGGAGAGGAAUCAGUAAUGGUUACCAAUCGUCGCGACUAAGAAUGUGGUCCGGUUAUGGAGCUGAUAUACAAUUUUCAACUCACGAUGUCACGAAAGAGGAAGGAUGUGAACAAAUGCUGGAGAUGGCGAACGCUAUGGGAGACGUUGAGGCGAUAUUCAACUUGGCUGUGAUAUUGAAAGAUUCUAUUUUCCAGAAUCAGACCCCAGAGUCAUUUAAGGCAUCGUUCGCUCCCAAAGCACUGGUUACUAUGAAUUUGGACAAGCUGUCAAAGAAACUGUGUCCCAAAUUGAAGGACUUCGUGAUAUUCUCAUCCGUGUCUUGUGGUCGCGGUAACGCUGGUCAGACCAACUACGGUUUCUCCAACUCUGUGAUGGAGAGAAUUUGCGAAUCGAGAAAGAAGCUCGGCCUCCCCGCGCUCGCGGUGCAGUGGGGUGCUGUCGGGGACGUCGGUCUCGUAGCAGACAUGCAAGAUGAAGACGUCCAAUUGGAAAUCGGUGGAACUCUCCAACAAAGAAUUUCCUCCUGUCUGCUAUCUCUCGACAAAUUCUUGAAACAGGAUGCCGUGAUUGUGUCCUCGAUAGUGGUAGCUGAAAAGAAGAUUGGAGGUUCUGGGUGUGAUAGCGUCGUGGAUGCAGUUGCUCAGAUUAUGGGUAUCAAAGAUCUAAAGACAAUUUCUCAACAAGUGGCUCUUCCUGAACUGGGCAUGGACAGUAUGAUGGCGGUCGAGAUCAAACAAACCUUAGAGCGAGAAUUCGAGAUUUUCCUGACAGCGCAGGAUAUCAGAACCUUGACGUUUGGAAGGUUAGUAGAACUAAAAGCGCAAAGAGAAAAGGAAGCAUCGACGGCAGUGACAUCACGUCCCGUCAUCCUUGAUGAGGCGGCUGGUCUCAAAGUCCUGAUGAGAAACUUUGGUGAUGAAAAUUUGUCAUCUAAACCUUAUAUAUACAUGCCGUCUGUGGUUAGCGAUGGCUCUGAGAUCGACGUAUCAGUUCACGAAAAAGUGUUGACAAUGUUCAUGCUGCCUGGUGUAGAAGGAUGUGCUUCGGCAAUGGCUGCCCUAUGUCGUGAACUUAAAAUCAAAACUUGUGUCUUGCAGUUUGGCAAUGACGGGAACCGGGAUACGUUAGACUCCUUAGUCAAUAGAUUGCACAAGACUGUUAAAUCAAAAUUAGCUCCUGGAAGCCCAUACAUACUUCUCGGAUACAGUUUCGGUACCCUACCCAUGCUAAAACUGGCAAGCCUGCUGGAAAGCGAAGGUCACGAUGGCACAGUCUUCUGCUUAGAUGGCAGUCCGGACUUCAUCUACGGGUUACUCACCUCAACAAUGUCUGUCACAAGCGAUACUCAGUUACAAAACAACUUGAUUUGUCGAACCAUCGACAUGGUUGCACCGAAAAACAAAAUCAGCAACACAAUCAUGAAAAAAUUAGAAGAAAUCGAAUCAUAUGACGAGAGAAUUAAAUACGCUAUAAAAGCUUCUCCCGUUCAGAUGAAAUAUUCAGAUAAAUUCGUAGAAUCGAUCGCAAAAUCAAUUUUCGAUCGUCUCAAAAUGUCCCUCGACCAAGCCGAACUAAAGAAGAUCAAGGCUCCAAUAGUUCUUUUGCGACCAAAGGAAAAUCCACCCUUUUUGGUGAUUGGAGAGAAUUAUGGUCUAGACAAACUCACAGAAGGUCCUGUGACCGUUCAUCUCGUAGAUGGUAACCAUGUCAGUAUACUUGAAAAUAAAGACUGUGCGAACAUUAUCAACAGAGUCAUAGCUGGAUAUGAAACAGCAAAAAUGGAUAAGAAUGUUAUAAAAAAUAUGGUCGAUAAGCAGUGUCUAGAAAAAUUAUAA